AUGCAGUUUGUUUCUUGGGCCGCACUGCUAACCCUCCUGGUGCAAGAACUGGCCGAGAUGGGGAGCCCAGACGCCGCCGCGGCCGUGCGCAAGGACAGGCUGCACCCGAGGCAAGUGAAAUUACUAGAGACCCUGAGCGAAUACGAAAUCGCCUCCCCCGUCCGAGUGAACGCUCGCGGAGAACCCUUUCCCAGGAACGUGCACUUCAAAAGGCGGCGACGGAGCAUUAACUCUGCCUCUGACCCCUGGCCUGCCUUCGCCUCCUCCUCUACCUCCUCCCGGGCGCAUUACCGCCUCUCCGCCUUCGGCCAGCAGUUUCUAUUUAAUCUCACCGCCCAUGCCGGAUUUAUUGCUCCGCGGUUCACUGUCACCCUCCUCGGGGCACCCGGGGUGAACCAGACCAAGUUUUAUUCCGAGGAGGAAGCCGAACUCAAGCACUGUUUUUACAAAGGCCAUGUCAAUACCAAGUCCGAGCACCGGGCGGUCAUCAGCCUCUGCUCGGGAAUGUUGGGCACAUUCCAGACCCAUGAUGGGGAUUAUUUUAUUGAACCACUUCAGUCCAUUGAUGAAGAUGAGGAUGAAGAGGAGCAAAACAAGCCCCACAUUGUUUAUAGAAACAGCAUCCUCCAGAGAGGGCCCUCACCAGGAAGGCAUGCAUGUGACACCUCAGAGCACGACGACCACGGUAAAGACACGAGGAAACCCAGGAUGGGAAAAUGGGGCGGAGGAAGGAGUCACCUGGUCGAUGACGUGGCAGUGUGGGAAAGCAGCUUCGCACCAAAGGCCUUCUCUACCUAUGGGAACCAGACCGAGGAUGCGAGGGAAAAGAAGACCCACAGGAGAGCCAAGCGUUUUGUGUCCUAUCCACGGUUUGUCAAAGUGAUGGUGGUGGCAGACAAUAAGAUGGUGGCAUACCACGGAGCAAGCCUUCAACACUAUAUUUUAACUUUGAUGUCCAUUGUAGCCUCUAUCUAUAAAGACCCAAGUAUUGGAAAUUUAAUUAAUAUUGUUAUUGUGAACUUAGUUUUCAUUCAUAAUGAACAGGAAGGACCUCCUAUGGCUUUUAAUGCCCACACUAUACUAAAAAAAUUUUGCCAGUGGCAACAUUCCAAGAUCUAUCCUGGUGGAAUCCAGCAUGAUACAGCUGUUCUUGUAACAAGACAGGAUAUCUGCAGAACACAGGACAAAUGUGAUACCUUAGGUCUUGCUGAACUGGGCACCGUUUGUGAUCCCCAGAGAAGCUGUUCCAUUUGUGAAGACAAUGGAUUGAGCACCGCUUUUACAUUAGCCCACGAGCUGGGCCAUGUGCUGAACAUGCCUCACGAUGACAACAAAAAAUGCAAAGAAGAAGGUGUUAAGAGUCCUCAGUAUGUCAUGGCUUCAACAUUGAACUUCUAUACCAACCCCUGGAUAUGGUCAAAAUGUAGUCGGAAAUAUAUCACGGAGUUCUUAGACUCUGGGCGUGGCGACUGUUUGCUCAAUGAACCAGAAUCCAGACCCUACCCUCUGCCUCCCCAACUGCCAGGCCUUCUUUACAACGUGAAUAAACAAUGUGAAUUGGCCUUCGGACCAGGUCAUCAAGUAUGCCCGUUUAUGCAGAAGCAAUGUAAGCGGCUCUGGUGCAAUUACGUGGAUGGGGCGCAAAAAAGCUGCCAGACUCAGCACCUGCCCUGGGCUGAUGGGACCGAAUGUGAACCUGGAAAGCACUGCAAGUUUGGAUUUUGUGUUCCCAAAGAACUGGAGGGCCCUGUGACUGAUGGAUCCUGGGGAAGGUGGAGUCACUUUGGAACCUGCUCGCGGACUUGUGGAGGGGGCGUCAAAUCAGCGGUUCGAGAGUGCAACCGGCCUGAGCCCAAAAAUGGUGGGAAGUACUGUGUAGGGCACCGCAAGAAAUUCAAGUCCUGCAACACAGAGCCGUGUCUCAAGCAGAAAGGCGACUUCCGAGAGGAGCAGUGCGCUCACUUUAACGGGAAGCAUUUUAACUUCCACGGGCUGUCCCCUACCGUGCGUUGGGUCCCCAAAUACAGUGGAAUUUUGUUCAAGGACCGGUGCAAGCUGUUCUGCCGGGUGGCCGGCAACUCCGCCUACUAUAAGCUCCAAGACAAAGUGGUGGAUGGAACGCCUUGUGGCCGGCACACCAGCGAUAUCUGUGUCCAAGGCGUGUGCCAGGAAGCUGGAUGUGACCGCAUUUUAAAUUCGAAAGCCCGAAGAGAUAAAUGCGGGGUGUGUGGUGGCGAUAAUUCUUCAUGCAAAACGGUAGCUGGGACAUUUAAUCUUGUGCGUUAUGGUUACAGCAAUGUGGUCCGGAUUCCAGCAGGCGCUACCAGCCUCGACGUGCGGCAGCACAGUUUCUCAGGGGAGUACGAGGAUGACAACUACUUAGCAUUAUCAGACAGUAAUGGAGAAUACUUCCUAAAUGGAAACUUUGUUGUCACAAUGUUCAAAACGAAAAUCCCCAUCGGGAGGGCUGUGAUAGAAUACAGCGGAUCCGACCUCGUGGUGGAAAGACUCAACUCCACGGAUCGCAUUGAGCAAGAACUUUUGGUUCAGGUGUUGUCGGUGGGAACACUGAGUCAGCCCAACGUGCGCUAUUCUUUCAAUAUUCCCAUCGAAGACAAGCCUUACCAGUUUUACUGGAACAGCCACGGGCCCUGGCAAGCUUGCAGCAAGCCCUGCCAAGGGGAACGGAAAAGAAAGCUUGUGUGCACCAGAGAUUCGGAUCAUUUUACUGUGUCUGAUCACAGAUGUGAACGGCUACCCCAGCCCGCACCCAUCACUGAGCCCUGCGGCACAGACUGUGAACUGAGGUGGUAUGUUGCCAGCAGGAGUGAAUGUAGCGCCCAGUGCGGCUUGGGUUACCGCACACUGGACAUCAGCUGUGCCAAAUACAGCCGGCUGGAUGGGAAGACUGAGAAGGUUGAUGCCAGCUUCUGCAGCAGCUACUCCAAGCCAAGCACCCAAGAGAAGUGCUCCGGAGAAUGUAACAUGGGUGGCUGGCGGUACUCUGCGUGGACCGAAUGCUCAAAAAGCUGUGAUGGUGGGACCCAAAGGAGAAGGGCUAUUUGUGUCAACAGCCGAAAUGACGUCCUGGAUGACAGCAGGUGCACUCAGGAGAAAGUCACCAUUCAGAGAUGCAGCGAGUUCCCCUGUCCUCAGUGGAAGUUGGGAGAGUGGUCAGAGUGCUUGGUCACCUGUGGAAAAGGACACAAGCACCGCCAGGUCUGGUGUCAGUUUGGUGAAGAUCGAUUAAACGAUCGAAUCUGUGACCCUGAGAGCAAGCCGGCCUCCACGCAGCCUUGUCAGCAGCCGGAAUGUGCGUCCUGGCAGCUGGGUCCCUGGGGACAGUGCAGUGUCACUUGUGGUCAGGGAUACCAGCUAAGAGUAGUGAAAUGUAUCAUUGGGACGUAUAUGUCCGUGGUUGGUGACAACGAGUGCAAUGCAGCAGCUAGACCAACUGAGACCCAGGACUGUGAGUUACCAUCUUGUCACCCUCCCCCAACUGCCCCAGAAGCAGGGAGAAACAUACACAGUAUACCGAGAACCCAGUGGCGCUUUGGGUCUUGGACUCCAUGCUCAGCUACUUGCGGAAAAGGCACCCGGAUGAGAUAUGUCAGCUGCCGGCAUGAGGAUGGCUCUGUGGCUGACGAAAGCACCUGUUUGACCCAGCCUCGACCUUUGGCCAAGGAGGACUGUUUGGUGGUCCCCUGUGGGCAGUGGAAAGCUUCAGACUGGAGUUCUUGCUCCGUGACCUGUGGGCAAGGUAGGGCAACUCGGCAGGUGGUCUGUGUCAACUACAGCGACCACGUGACACACGAGAGCGAGUGUGACCCGGAUUAUAUCCCAGAAACUAACCAGGACUGUUCCAUGGCGCCAUGCCCUCAGCGGACCCCGGACGGUGGCCUGGCCCAGUACCCUUUCCAAAAUGAACACUAUCGGCCCACGGGCAUGAGCCCCAGCCGCACCCACGUGCUGGGCGGAAACCAGUGGCGAACUGGUCCCUGGGGAGCAUGUUCCAGUACCUGUGCUGGUGGCUCCCAGCGGCGUGUCGUCGUGUGUCAGGAUGAAAAUGGAUUCACGGCCAGCGACUGCGUGGAGAGAAUCAAACCUGAUGAGCAGAGAGCCUGUGACUCUGGCCCGUGUCCUCAAUGGGUGUUCGGCAACUGGGGCGAGUGCACGAAGCUGUGUGGGGGAGGAGUCCGGACCAGACUGGUUGUCUGUCAGCGGCCCAGUGGUGAACGGUUUCCAGAUUUGAGCUGUGAACUUCUUGACAAGCCUCCCGACCACGAGCCGUGUAACACACAUGCUUGUCCUCAAGAUGCCGUCUGGAGUGCUGGCCCUUGGAGUUCGUGUUCUGUCUCUUGUGGUCGAGGGCAUAAACAACGACAUAUUUACUGCAUGGCAAAAGAUGGAACCCAUUUAGAAAGUGAUUACUGUAAACACCUUGCUAAGCCACAUGGGCACAGAAAGUGUCGAGGAGGAAGAUGCCCCAAAUGGAAGGCUGGAGCCUGGAGUCAGUGCUCCACGUCCUGCGGCCAAGGCACGCAGCAGAGGAACGUGGCCUGUCAGAUUGGCGCUCACAAAAUAGCCAGAGUGACCGAGUGCAACCCGUACGCCAGACCGGAGUCGGAGCGCGCCUGCCAAGGCCCACCGUGUCCUCGCUACGCGUGGAGGGCAGAGGAGUGGCAAGAAUGCACCAAGACAUGUGGCAACGGCUCCAGGUACCGCAAGGUGGUGUGUGUGGAUGAGGACAAGGGCGAGGUCCAUGACAUGUACUGUGACGUGGCCCAGAGGCCUGCCGACCGCGAGACCUGCAGCUUGCAACCCUGCGAGUAUGCCUGGAUCACAGGAGAAUGGUCGGAGUGCUCAGUGACCUGUGGACGGGGCUACAAACAAAGGCUGGUCUCCUGCAGUGAGAUUUACACCGGGAAGGAAAAUUAUGAGUACAGCUACCAAACCUCUGUCAACUGCCCGGGCAUGCAGCCGUCCAGCGUCCACCCCUGCUACCUGAGGGAGUGCCCAGUCUCCGCCACCUGGAGGGUGGGCAACUGGGGGAGCUGCUCCGUGUCCUGUGGCCUUGGAGUGAUGCAGCGAUCUGUGCAGUGUUUGACCAACGAGGACCAGCCCAGCCACCUCUGCCCCCCAGAUCUGAAGCCAGAAGAGAGAAAAACCUGCCAUAAUGUCUACAACUGUGAGUUACCCCAGAGCUGCAAGGAGGUUAGAAGACUCAAAGGGGUCCGUGAAGAUGGAGAAUAUUUCCUACUUAUUCGAGGGAAGCCCCUCAAGGUAUUCUGUGCAGGGAUGCACUCUGACCACCCGAAAGAGUAUGUGACCCUGGUCCACGGCGACUCUGAGAACUUCUCCGAGGUUUACGGCCACAGAUUGCACGACCCGACAGAAUGUCCCUACAACGGAAGCCGGCGCGAUGACUGCCCGUGUCGGAAGGAUUAUACGGCAGCUGGGUUUUCCACCUUCCAGAAGAUCAGAAUAGACCUGACCACCAUGCAAAUAAUCACCACUGACUUGCAGUUUGCGAAGACCAGGGAGGGGCAUCCCGUCCCUUUCGCCACAGCCGGAGAUUGCUACAGUGCUGUCAGGUGCCCACAGGGACGGUUCAGCAUUAACCUUUAUGGGACGGGCCUGACAGUCUCGGAUUCGGCCAGGUGGAUAUCACAGGGCAAUUAUGCCGUCUCCGACAUCAAGAAGUCUCCGGAUGGAACCCAGGUCAGAGGGAAGUGCGGCGGUUACUGUGGGAAAUGCACUCCAUCCUCGGGCACCGGCCUGGAGGUGCGAGUUUUGUAGCUGAGAUGUUGUGAAGAGGAAGCCGAAGGGGUUGGAUGAAGGAUAGUCAUGCAAUACCUCCACCUUGAAUUUGGGUGUGUGUGUGUGUGUGUGUGUGUGUGUGUGUGUGUGUACUUGUGAGUCGGUAUGUGCGCCUGUGUGCGCAUUCAUGUGUAAAUAUGCAUAUGUAUACAUAUGUGCACGUGCACAUAAAUCAACUGUAUGUGUGUGUGUAUAUAUGUAGGAAAUAUCCUAACGAUUUAAAGUUUAAUAUUUAUGUUUGAAAUUAUUUAUUUCGAUGUAAUAUUUUUGUACGUAAAAUGAUUCUCCUGUGACUGCCUCUGCAUUGCCUUAGCCCAUGCAGGGAGCCCACUGCGUUUUACGUACUCUACAUUAUAUGUAGCGCGAUGACAAAAGUGAUCCUUCAUUAUCACGGUACACUGUUGUUGACUUUCUGUCUGUAAAUGUUGCCCUGUUCCUUUUAUCGUUCGUUUUUUAAAACAACCUAGCCGCCAUCCAGGUGCUACAGAGAAUCGUCUGAAGGUGCUUUUGGCAAUUCGAGGCGAGUACCAUUAGCCAAUAAGUAACUUAGUGAUAUCACAGAUUUGUAUCGACUAUUAACUAUGUCUGUAGUUUCAUGUGAUCUCUGGGAACACAACUGCUGCCUUGGUGCUAACAUCGUAGGUGUUUAAGUAGCCUUCAAACUUCGACAUAAUAACACUUUCAAUAAGGAGGAGGGAUGGAAGGACCAUAUUUAAUGGACAGAUUCACUCAGAAGAGACAGGACCAGCUCUUUGCCCUUGCUCUUGGACAUGUGCAUCUGAGGAGGGAGUCGGACUUGGUUCUGGUGUUCUGCAAUGCCUUCUGCCCACAGUGCCUUGGUUCUCCUGUGGGUACGUGGAGGGCCCUCCAGGCCUUUGCAUUUCAGAGUGACAUUGGGAGAGUGAUGUCCUCACACCGUUUUGUUUUGCCAAGAUAGUCUCCAUCCGCACCCCAGCCAACCAGGAGCAGGACAGAGGAUGUGCAGGAUUCGGGGAGGGCUCUGCACCCGAGGACAUUUGGAGCUCACAACCAGGUCCCCAGUCAUCAGCAUCAUCUUCUGUUCUUUGCGAUGGACAGUGAUGUGAGUGCUCUUCAACUGAGCCUGAGCCUGAGACCCUGCCCGCCCCGUGGCUACUGUCCGAAUUCAUGUCUGAGACGUGAACUGUGGAUGCUCGAGCCACUCAGCUCCCACCAACCCACUCCCUGUCCCGUGGUGCCACCCACCGUGGAGUGCCAAAACUGAGCUCACCUACCCGGUCAGACCUGUUGGAGGGAGCCAUUGCCAGCAGCCCAUGGGGGACGCUUGGUCUGCGGAACCUUUCCUACAUGCAAAAGCCAAAGAAGCAGGGGACAACCUGGCAGUAUUCUCUAACCAAAGUAAACUCCAGAGUGCUCCAGGAAGUUAAUAUGCAGUGUAUGAAUAAACGUUAUUCUUCAUAUUAAUGCAUUGUGAAAUAUAUUAUGAAUAAAUACCAUGAUCACAUCCAAA